UAUGCGCUUUGAUUGAUCCUAUAAAACCCUCACUCUCACAAUCCCAAAAGGCACCAAAGCUUCUCCAAAUACAACAUCCCCAUAGCCAAAGAAAAGAAAAGCAAAGAAAUAACAUAAAAUUGGACAUGCCUUUUUCUCUCCUGACAACGGUGUCCUCCAAUUUCGAUUCAAAAUUUGAUGAAUGUCAAUGGGUGAUCUGCAUCCGUAGAUCCCUUGAUGAAGAGCUUGAAGAUGAUAUUGAAGUUCCUGUCUCAAUCUUCAGUGUUCCCAAAGUUCUUAUUUCUAGUAGUCCUGAUAGUUACACCCCACAACAGCUUGCUCUCAGUCCUUACCAUUAUUGGCGUCCGGAACUAUAUGAGAUGGAGAGAUACAAGCUGGCUGCAGCAAAAAGAACCCAAAAGCAAUUGCGGUGUCUUGCAUUUCAAAACCUUGUUGAACAACUGGAAAAGCUUGAGCCAAGAAUUCGAGCUUGCUAUCACAAGUACUUAGAUAUCAAUUCUGAAACUUUAUCUUGGAUGAUGGCCAUUAGUGCUUCGUUCUUGCUUGAGUUUCUUCAAAUCUAUGUUUUCCAUGAAAGGACUAUAUCAAAAGUUUGCUCCAGAAUGUCCCAUUUGAUUGAUUAUGCAGGAACAAAAUCAGCUCACCAUUCGAUUCUCAGAGACAUUGUGAUGCUUGAGAAUCAGAUUCCAUUGUUUGUAAUGCGAGAGGUGCUAGAAAUCCAAUAUUCAUCGUUGGAAGCAGCUGAUGGUGUUUUACUUUCGAUGUUAAUGGGAUUAUGUCAAGAGCUCUCCCCUUUCAAAACGAUGGAGAACAUGCCAAAGAUUGUAAUUUCCAAGCGUCCUCACGUUCUAGACUUUCUGUACCACAUGAUAGUACCGAAAGUGGAAGAAUCACCGUCUGAAUCAGUUGUCCAACCGGAGGAACAAAAAGAACCCAUAGAAGAAAAGGAAAGCAGUUCUGUGGACUCAAGUCUAUAUGUGAAGCAGCUUUUGAGAAAGAUAGGGGAGAUGCUCUCAAAGAUGAACAGUGCCCCCGCACGGCUCAUCAAAGCAACUCUACAGUCGAGACCUGUUAGAAUCAUACUUAAAUUGCCCUGGAAAAUCCUCUCUAACCUCCCUGGAUUUUCAAUCUUGAGAAAACCAAUCGAGUAUUUGUGUUUCCUAAAAGAGAAGGAAGAAAAAACUAAACCAGGUGCAAGCAAUUUCAGCAUCCACGAAACCCCUCGGGCAGAGGAGAUAGCAAUUCCUUCCGUAGCUGACCUUUCAAAAGCUGGUGUCCGCAUUUUGCCCACCAAUGGUAACAUUUCAACUAUCAGUUUUGAUGUCAAGACUGUUACAUUAUAUCUCCCUGUCUUCUGCUUAGACAUUAACACGGAAGUUGUCAUGAGGAACCUGGUGGCAUAUGAAACAUCGAAUGCGUCAGGUCCUUUGGUUUUUACUCGCUAUACUGAAUUAAUGAAUGGAAUUAUUGACACUGAGGAGGAUGUCAAAUUGCUAAGAGAAAGGGGCAUCAUUCAGAACCAUUUGAAGAGUGACAAAGAGGCUGCAGACUUGUGGAAUGGGAUGAACAAAUCCAUCAGACUGACCAAAGUUCCUUUCUUAGAUAAAGUGAUUGAAGAUGUCAACAAGUAUCACAAUUGCAGAUGGAAUGUUAAACUCACAAACUUCUUUAAGCAGAAUGUGUAUGGUUCCUGGCAGUUUCUCACAAUGCUGGCCACAAUUAUGCUCCUGUUCUUGGUGACAUUUCAGUCCUUUUGCUCGGUUUAUAGCUGUUCCAAAGUCUUUCAUCAAAUCCAACCCUCUGACUGACCUAUAUACUUUGGUGCAUUUUCAUGUAUAGCAAACUAGUAUUAUGACAGACAAUCGUUGGUUCCAUUGAUUGAUUGAUCCUUUCUAGCUUGUAACGAGACAAAUUGGAUUCGAAAAAAGGUAUUCUAUGUAUGCUAGAUUCUUAAUGGUCAAAUGAGGUUUCAUUGAUUGAUUAUUGUCUUGUUUGAAAGAAUGAAUGUUAAUUUCUCACCUAUUUCCUAGAAA